AGUUUAAAUGGGGAAAUCUCGUCAGAGAACAAACUUAAAAAAAAACAGAGUUUCUCCCUGGAUUAUAUUGUCUAUCUCUCUCUUCUUACUCCUAAUGGAUUCUUCAAGAACCCUAAUAGUAACCAGACGAUCUGAUCCGGUGAAGAAAAACAUUUCAUCCCGGCGAUCUUUAUCUUAUUCUUCAUCCUUCUCCUCUAGCUCCUCUAGCUCCCUUGUGUUUCCAAGCGACUCUCCUUUGAAUUCUCCAGCCACUCCUCUUCGUCUCCUUGGUGUUCCAUUCUCAUGGGAACAGCUUCCUGGAAAACCCAAAGACUAUUCUCAUAGACUCAACCACCACGGAAAUAGAGAAUCUUCACUUAUACUACCUCUCCCUCCUCACAAGAGUACCAUCUUUCCGGUCACCGGUAAAAAUCAUAAAUCUAAUAACUCAACUAAGAAGAAUAGCUUCCCGGCGACGGAGAAAGAUCCCUUCGCGGCGGCGUUGUUAGAAUGUUCCAAAGGUGACGACUAUGAUGAGGACUACGAUGGAAACUCGGGUGGAUCAAGAAAGGUGUUGGCAAAGAGCAGCAUCAGCAAGAGGUUUGGGUUAGUGAAUCUCUACGGUUCUUGUCGAAGAUCUUGUUCAGUUACAGAGUCCAUUGUUCAGCUACCGGGGCCAGAAAAAUCUGCUUCAUAUGAUCAUCUGCUUCUUCCACGCCGUCGCCGUUGAUUUGUCGUCUUUAGCCAUUUACUAUAUAGUAUACAUAUAUUUUUCUCUUGGUCUUUGUAAUACUUUCCGUAUAAUUUUCUCUGAAUGAGACAUAUUAUGGGUUUAUGUUU